AUGGAAGUUCAAAUCAAACUCGAUAAAAAGGUAUUGCAUUACACAAGUGAGGACCAGGUGUCCGGCCAUGUCGUCCUUCGCAGUGAUACCGAACUUGACAUUGCCACGAUAGCAAUCAAUCUAUCUGGUCAGGCAACAUCGAGGCUAGAGUCAGGGAAGCUGAAUGAAACACACAAGGCAUGUUCUGCCACUACAGCUCUGAAUACGAUUAGACUAACUCAAAUGAAAAAGCUCUUCCAACGCAAUGAACAAAUAUUUCCGCCCGUCAACUGUGCCGGAUGGUUCACUUCGGCGGCCGUCACGAUUCCCCCGGGAGAACACUCGUUUCCAUUCUCGAUUAUGUUUCCUCAGGUCUCCGAAUGCUACAAGGGUAGCACUAGAGAUGCCGUUCGCAAGCGAUCAGCAGACCGUCCACCACACCAUCUCUUACGAAAGCUUCCACCGUCCAGUGGAAAUUUCAACACUCCUGAGGAGAUCAGAUAUUCUCUGGAAGCUAUCAUCACACAGAAUGGCCUCAUGUACAGAACUCACAGAGCCACCCGCCAAAUAUCCUUUCAUCCGGUGUCUGCUAUUCCCAAGCCAUCACAGAGUGUAGUAGUCCGAAAGACUGUGACAUGCAAUAAGAAGGCAGCGGGGCUACUAUGUCCACCACUAACGUAUGAGAUCCAAGCCGAACUGGUGAACGGGCCGUUCGUUCUGCUGGGACACCCAAUAGCACUGAGUGUAAAGGUCACCAACAUCAAUGACGAGAAACCUGAUGUAUCACUAAGGGACUUCCAAUCCAUGCUUAUCGAAACAACAGAUAUCCGGGCACAUGGGAUUAUGCAAAGCGCUACCCGCUCGUGGAUUAUACAGACGAUGACAAACUUGGGACAACCAUUUUCAAGUGCAAUGCCAGCGUCUGGGAUGCUCAUGACUCUAGACGAUGCGGUAUGGAGUAGGCAUCGUCUACCACAUUGCCUGACACCUACAUUUGAAACAUGCAAUGUCACUCGGAGCUACAAGUUGGAGAUCAGACUUGGCAUUGAAUUCGGGCGAAACAAUUCAAGGAUAUUAGAGUUUCUCUUCCCAGUUCGCGUUUUGUCUCCAUCAUAG